GCCCACUUCCGGCUGCGUGGGAGCGGAAGCGGCGCGGGCCGGAGCGUCCGCCGUGGGGGGGUGUCUGUGCGCGUGUGCGUGUCCGCGGGUGUGUGUGCGCGCCCGCCCGGGGCAGCAUGUCGGUGGCCGGGCUGAAGAAGCAGUUCUACAAGGCGAGCCAGCUGGUCAGCGAGAAGGUUGGAGGAGCUGAAGGGACCAAGCUUGACGAUGACUUCAAAGAAAUGGAAAAGAAAGUGGACCUCACCAGCAAGGCGGUCACAGAAGUGCUGGCCAGAACUAUCGAAUACCUGCAACCCAACCCAGCUUCCAGAGCCAAGCUCACGAUGCUCAACACCAUGUCGAAGAUCCGUGGGCAGGUGAAGAACCCCGGUUACCCGCAGUCAGAGGGGCUUCUGGGGGAGUGCAUGAUCCGAUAUGGCAAAGAGCUGGGCGACGACUCCAACUUCGGCGAUGCACUUCUUGAUGCUGGUGAAUCUAUGAAGCGGUUGGCUGAGGUGAAGGACUCGCUGGAUAUUGAAGUCAAACAAAACUUUGUCGACCCCCUCCAGAACCUGUGCGACAAAGACCUCAAAGAGAUCCAGCAUCACCUGAAGAAGCUGGAGGGCAGGCGUCUGGACUUUGACUAUAAGAAAAAACGUCAGGGAAAGAUCCCAGAUGAGGAAUUGCGACAGGCCAUGGAGAAAUUCGAGGAGUCGAAGGAAGUAGCUGAGACGAGUAUGCACAACCUCCUAGAGACUGACAUUGAGCAAGUGAGCCAGCUCUCGGCCCUGGUGGAAGCCCAGCUGGACUACCACAGGCAGGCAGUGCAGAUCCUGGACGAGCUCACGGACAAGCUUAAGCGCAGAAUGAGAGAGGCCUCAUCACGCCCCAAGCGGGAGUAUAAACCUAAGCCCAGAGAGACGUAUGACUUCGGAGACACCGACCAGUCCAACGGGGGCUUUGCUUGCAAUCCUGCCCCCAAAGUUUCAGCAGCUUCCUCCUCUUUCCGAUCCGACAAGCCAUCCCGGACCCCAAGCAGGAAUAUUUCUCACCUGGACCAGCCCUGUUGCAAGGCGCUCUAUGACUUUGAACCCGAAAACGAUGGCGAGCUAGGCUUCAAGGAGGGCGACAUCAUCACGCUGACCAACCAGAUCGACGAAAACUGGUACGAGGGCAUGAUCAACGGGCAAUCCGGGUUCUUCCCGCUCAACUACGUGGAAGUGCUGGUUCCGCUACCUCAGUGAAACUGCCUCCCCCCUUCCCUCCCGCCCCCCACGUCAUGCACCGCCAGGGAGAGAGGGGCGCCGGGCUCCUGCGCUCCAUUCUGCAUCUCGACACUAGUCUCUUCCAGGGGCGGGGGCAUGAGAGCGCGGUAGAGCCAACUCGGUGUCAGGUGAUGAGCAGGGAACAAGCCACGAGGGCUGGGUGGCCCCCUCUGAACUGCUCCUCUGGUGCUUCAGCUCAGUACUUUAAGCCCUGCCAGGUUUGUCCUUGUCACUCCUGUCUGCAGGGGAGAGAGGGGCCUGCACUCUGCCCACAGAUGAAUGUGGAAGGAUGCAGACUGUGUUGGCGCAGGGCGGGGGACCAGCAGGGUGUUGGCACCUCCGGUCUGCCAUGGGAGAGGGUUUGGCCACCAGCCCCGCACUGUGAAGGAGACUGGCAAAGUAGGCUCCUGUUGAACACUACCAGCAAAUGAGUUCCUGGGGAGGGGGCAGAGGUCAGGCACUGCUUCUGUGCCCAAGGUUCACGUCUGUCCCAGCACCGUGGGACGCACUUCCUUCAUGAUGCUGGGCAGAGGAAUGGCUUCCUAUCAUCUUCUGCUGCCCCCAUCGGUCUGUCUUGCCCACCUGCCCCCUUCCCGGACAAGGAAAGAGCCCCACAGAAGGAGGGAUCAGAGAGAUGCUAUGAAGCAGCAUGAAAACACUAAGCCACUCCGAGGUUACUUCCCCUUUGCAUGUUCUUUGUGCCAGGGCUCUGUGCUCCCCCUCCAUGCCCUGCUCCUCUGUGGCCAGCAUCUGACCAUAAUCUCUUCCUGGGCUGCUUUCUGCUUAUGCCCCGAGACUCUGUGGCUCUUUCAGGUGGGUAGAGUUGAAUUGGUUCCUCUGGGAAGGUCUCUACCACCAGCUCUGGCAUCGUCUUUGGCAUGGGAUCAUCCCCAUGUAGCUGAGGCCAACCGUAGCUAAGGGGCCAUCGACAACAGACAAGCAGGUUGUGCUGAAGUAGCUGUUUAGACCAUGUGCCACUGACCUGUCCAGGAUGCCGUCCUCUCGCUUCCUGUCACUUCACGUUCAAAUGUUCUCCUUCACCACUUACAAAGCUCUGGAAAUCUCCACGCAGCCCAGCCAGAGCUUGCCCUGGGCUCCUUGGAGCUGUUUGGCGGUCUCCAGUCUGAUCCUUAUGUGCCUUUCCCAGCUCUUUUGAGCAUCAGGAACUCCUUGUCUUUCAGAGAGCCCCAUGGUGCGAUGCAAGAAGCCACCUACCCUGCUGGGUUCAUAGGGCUCUUAACUCUGGUCCUGUUGCUUCAUAUCUUGUGUGCGAAGAUUGUGUGGGACAAGGACCUCUCUCCUCUUGUGUCACGUGUUUAGUACUGGUCCUUGUCCCUUUUGCUUCCCUGCCUGGUGCCACCAGCUCUAGUCCAACACGGUGAGAGCCGGGUUGCUGAGCAGGGUCAUGGUGGCAGAAGCCAGUGCUCCUGGCCCCAAGAACUGACCAUGGACAGAAUGAGGUGGUUCCACCAGGGAUCGGAGCUGGGGGCAGCCUCCUGCCCUUCCCUAUCUAAGGUGCUCCUCUCUGGGCACCCAUCCUGUUGCUGGCAAUAGGAUAAAUUCAACCCCUGAGGGUCACCCAUAGCUCCUACAGCUGACCUGCUUCUCCCAAGUGCCUGGAAGCCAGGAGAGGCUGUGGACAGGGGAUCCUAUCUCACCAGCAGAGGUGGAAGUUCAGCUGCUCUGGCAUUGACUGCACUCUCCCCUCGCAGGGAGGGACUGGACUUGCCUGAAUGGGUGGAGCUGAGUCCUAAAUCCCAUCCUGCAGAACACAGCCCUUGCUUUCCUUGAGCCCAUUUGCUGGAAGGGAGCCAAAGCAAGGGGUAUCUCUCCUUCCUUCUGGGGUGUAGGUAGCUCUCCCUGCCACUGACACAGCUGGGGUGGUGCAGUGAUCUCGAGAGCCAUGCUGUGCCCAGGCUGGGCUUCCCCUCCUGUCCACCAUGCCUGGCACAGGAUGGGCACCACCUGGGCUGUCCUGGCAGCUGCUCCAGCUCACCACCACCCAGGCCUUGCUUCAGCACCUGUGUAUUUAUUUUCGUGGCAGUCCUCCCUGCCAGGCCGGGGCACCAGCCUGUAUUUGCGCUCGUGCCUCGUGCUUGGGUGCUUCCUACCCCUAUCUGCUCAGUCUCCUGUUACGUAUACACCAAGAACCUUUUUAACAUUUUUAACCGUGCAUGUCUAUGUUUAUUCCUCCCAUCGAUCGCUGUCACCGCCACGACUCGCAGCUGGGGCUGUGGCCAGAGCAGGCUCAUGCUUCCAGUCACAGGAUCCCUGCCCCUACAGCCCUUCAUGCUCCUGGGGCCUGAUCCUGCUCUCAGGGAGGCAGUGGGGACAGGACCUGGCCCCCUCUACAUGGUUGGAGGGAGGGAACUCUGUCCUGCCCGUUUCUCGCAGCAGAGCUGUCGUGCACACUGACACCCAUGCGGAGGUCGGGACUCCUCAGCUCCUCCCUCUCCCAACCCAGUGGCCUGGCCCCGGUGCAUCUCUGAGCUCUGGCGUAGGCUCGCUUGGGUUGAAUGAGUCUGUGUUUAGUCAGGACAAUUUAUUAGGUCUCUUUUUGUAAUGGCAUUUCCUUGUUUUAAGGGGAAAGGUCACAACUCUGGACUUGUAAUCACUCAAUAAAAGUAUUAAAUGGGGCUUUCUUCUUUCUAAA